UUUCGUCGAGGGAACACUUAUGGACUUUGGAAUGUUGAGAUGACUCAUGCGUGGUUCAUUUCCACAUAUGGAGUUGACACGCUGUUUUUUGGAUGUUCGCUUGCGUUUUUGGUCUCCAUUUCAGUUGAAAGACUGUACGCUACAAGAAGUCCAAUGAGGCAUCGGUCUGUAACAGGACUGACAUACAAGAUUUGGAUAUCUUGCGUCUGGAUCGCAUCUUUCAUUUAUACGAGCGCCGUAGUUUUGUUCUUAUUUUACGACAUACUCGGGUUGCAGAUUUGGUACAUCGUGGCUUCAUGCGUCUUUGUUUCGCUUUUAAUUUUAACCUUUAGUUACUGCGCGAUAUUUGUUACAGUUCGAUGCAGUGAACAACCCCAGCACUCUCACCGCGGCCAGGCAAGGAAGGAACGAAGGCUUACUAUGACACUGUUCAUUGUGACGCUUGUCUCCUUGUCAGUGUGGAUUCCGUACGUACUUUUCACAUUCCUGGAGUCUCAUCUGUCACAGACAUUUUCUGAAGAAACACUUUUAAGAGCGCGAGGUGUUUCUGAGGCCUUGUUCUUUGCUAACUCCUUUGUAAAUCCGAUACUGUACACGAUCAGGAUGCCUCAGUUUGGAAAAGCGAGUAUUAACUUGAUUACCUGUGCUGGAAACGCUAGAGGUGGACGGACAACCUCAUUGUCGUCAGACACUGUACUCUGAGAGGGGACAAAUGACUUGACCUGGACAUUCUACAAGACGACCAACGGGCUAUACACUCUGGCAGGGAAUACUGUCGCUGCAAACUCUGGAAGUAGACAAUAAGGAGUUUACGAAACGGCAACGGCAACGGCAACGGGAACGUCACUGAGCAAAAGAAUUAAUGAGCAGUACAGUGGCUGUGUAGGUGCGUUACAAUUCUUGGUACAUUUCUUUGCCGUCCUCUGCAAGACAACAACAUGAAAUGACCAAAUUUGGCAUCGU